UCCAAAUACUACGGUUGUGCGUUGGUAAGUUGAGGCGAGGGAGAACUUCUAUUAUUGACGACCCUCGCAUGGGUCGCCCUACAACGGUAGUUCAAAUGAUUACAAUAGUUGAAAAGAUUGUCUUUGCGGAUUCGUCGUGUCACUGAUUGCUUCAUAUCACGAGAAAUAAAUACUUUUAUGAUAGUAAGUGUCCAUAAUAUUGCACACCAUCAUUUGGGUAUGUAAUAAGUGUCAGCGCGUCAGAAUUCGGAAGAAUUUCACAAAUCUGUUUGGGUUUGUCCAAUAUUUACUGCGUCGAAUACUCGUUAAAGUUUUUUUGUUUCAUGAAAAUAACCAAGAAGAUUGGAGAUAGCUGUUAUUCAAAAAGCUGGCUUCGAAUUAAUGUUUGAUCAAUUCAUCGUCACCGCUUCAUAGCUUCUCGUAAUUUCUACCUAUUUCCGCAGGUUAUGGAACAUUACAGGGUCUAUAAAGUGGAAGAUGUUGAUGCAAUAGUCGCCGCGAUACACGAUUUUUUAUGGGAUCAGAAAGAUUUAAAACAAAGGGAUUUAUUGCUUUAUAAAGAAGCAAAAAUGAUAUACUAAUUGUACAAACAUGGACUACCUUUUAUUAGGUCAAAACAUAUAAUAAACAUUGAAUAAAAGAUAAUUGUGUCACAAAAAACUGAAUACACUGCAAUCUGCAAGCAUUUGCUUGCCCUGCCACCGACAGCAAAACGAGUAUGUGGGGUUCGACCAACACCAGAGUCUGCUUUUCGGAUAGUACCUACAAGGCCGCGUUACGUAGGCUUCAGGCUUGCUCUUAAAUCUCCCGGAACCUCAACAGCAAAGCUAUUACGCUGAAAAAUCUACGGGGCUGCUUACACUGCAAAAUAGCUCUCAGUGUCAAUAUUCUCAAAUUUUUAACUUCCUCAACGGAAAGAAUAUUUAUUCGCGAAGAUGGGCCCAGGGGACCGGGGGCCGAAGACCACAGACCCCAGAUCUGCUGCUGCUGCAGUGGAAUAUACCGGGGUCAGGAAGUGGUUUAUAGAUAAUACACUUCUGGUUGUGACCUUGGCUGGCGUAUUGAGCGGCAUUGCAAUAGGUUUUGGUCUCCGACCUUAUCACCUGGGUGCCGAUGCUCUCAUGAUAAUUUCAUAUCCUGGAGAAUUGUUCAUGAGGCUCUUAAAACUCAUGAUUCUACCUCUAGUGAUAGCCAGUCUCAUAGCUGGUUCGGCUAGUCUCAAUGCGAAGAUGAGUGGUAAAAUCGCUUUAAGAACCUUAUCCUACUUUGUCUUAACAUCAAUGUUCAAUGCUUUUCUGGGAGUGGUUUUGGCGGUGUUGAUUCACCCAGGUGAAUCUUAUUUGAAAAAUUAUUCUGCGACUCCAGUUCAGAAGAGCGACCAUAGUAUAUUAGACAGUCUUCUGGAUAUCGGUCGAAACAUCUUCCCAGAUAACAUAGUACAGGCUGCAUUUCAACAAGCACAUACCGUUUAUGUUCAGUCGUCGACAAUGGUAUCAAGUAAUGGUACACAGAAUGGCACACAACCAGCCUUGGUUAGAGUAGUUCAAUAUAGGUCGGGAACAAAUACAUUAGGUUUAGUAUUUUUCUGCUUAGUAUUUGGCAGUUUAUUAGGCACACUCGGAGCAAAAGGGCAAGUUGUUGUGGAUUUCUUCCAGGCGAUAUUUGAAGUGAUCAUGAAAAUGGUGACAGGUGUAAUGUGGUUCACACCUGUGGGUGUGAGCAGCGUUAUUGCUGGAAAGAUUCUUGGUGUCGAUAAUGUUGCGCAAGUGAUGUCGCAACUAGCCUGGUUCAUAACCACCGUUACAAUUGGCGUAUUCUUUUAUCAGCUCAUAGUGAUGCAAUUACUUUACUUUCUUUUUCUAAGAAGAAACCCAUACAAGUUCUAUUGGGGAUUAUCUCAUGCUAUGCUGACGGCUUCGGCCACCGCAUCCACUGCAGCAGCAUUGCCAAUAACAUUCCGUGCGAUGGAAGGGCCGCUACAUAUCGACUCCCGUAUUACCCGUUUCGUUCUGCCUAUAGGCUGUAACAUAAAUAUGGACGGCACAGCUCUGUUUCUAGCAGUUGCCAGUGUCUUUAUAUGCCAGAUGAAUAAUAUGCAUAUGGGAUUUGCUCAACUGGCAACCAUAUUCUUAACAUCAACGGCGACUUCAUUAUCAUCAGCGUCAGUACCGUCGGCAGCAAUGGUACUGCUCCUCGUAGUGCUGGCUGCAGUGGAUGCACCAACACAAGAUGUUUCGUUAUUAUUCGCAGUCGACUGGCUGGUUGACAGGAUACGGACUACAAACAAUAUGUUAGGAGAUUGCUACACAGCGGCUAUUGUGGAACACCUAUCAAAACAUGAGUUGAUGGCUUGUGACGCUGCAUCUAUGGAACCAGUAGCUACGAAUGGCACUUUGCCAACCACAACAACAGACUUAGAUAUCGUUUCAUCGAAGAAGUCCUUAGAGUCCGAUGAUAUUGUUAUAGACAUGCAUUUAGAUAAUAAUAAGAGUUAGUUAUUGUUAUGUAAUCAGUUAUUAUGUAUCUAAAUCAUCGCAAUGUAAUUUCGAGCUUGGAACGGGGGAAACUAGACUUAAUCACUGGAAUGAGGAUCAAAUGAUGACAACUAUAGUAGAGGCGAUUGUUCACAAAAUUUAAACCAUUUAAUUUUACUUCGUUAUAGAGCAUAUACAAUUUCUUUCGUUACCAUCCGUUUAAAUGAAAAUCGUUAAUCAACACAUGCAUUUUGUAGGUGGUCCAAUUCCUUGUUUAUAAGAAUCCUGUGAAUUUUUACUUAGUUUUACAUUUAAAAGCUAUUGCAGUUACAGUAGGAUUAAAUUAUAGAUGUAGUUAUGUCAACGUUAAAACUGUAGGUGUUUCGUUAUAUUUGUGCAAAUACGUUCAAAAUAUUACCUUUAUUUCGUUAUUUUAUGCAUUUAAAGACACUACUGUUGAAUUACCCAAAAUGUAAUGUUUUUGUCUAACAGUGUUUCCCUUUUUUGUGCUAUGCACCACCUUAACCAACCUAAGAUUCUUUUGAAUAUUUAACUACAUAAUUCAUACUCAUAAAAAUUAAAUAGUUCAGUUAAGAAAUUUUAAUGAUUGUUUUAUGAAGAAAUCACUAGGAAAUUGUUAAAGAAACAAUAAGUACAUUUUCAAAACAUAAUGAAAACUGUAAUUCAAAUUCCAAAUUUGAAUUUUAGCUUCAGUCUCAGGUCUCCGUUGAGUUAUAUCCAGCCACCCUCUUAACAAUCAAAUUGCCCCUCUUUAGGUCGUGGGCCCCACGUUGGCAAACACUGGUCUAACAAUUCCUUCAGAUAUAAUGAUUUGUCCUCGGAAUAUGAAGUUGGUUAUAUGAAUAUCAUGUAACAAUGAUCUUUCUAAUUACAUAGGCGUAAUAUUUUGAGCGUAAUUUGGGCAUUCGUGCUCGAAUACACAAAAGUCGUAAAUACUUAAAGGUAUUUUUGAAGAGCUCCUUAAUCAGACAGACGUUUGUGUAUUUGAACUUAAAUGUAGGGUAAACAGAUAUUAAUCUGCUCAAGCCCUUAUUUAAUUCGGGGCCUAUUAAAUUAUGAAGUAUUAUCAUAUAGACUUUAUACUUUGUGAUAAUGUAGGUAUUGUAGUAUAGCCCCAACUGUGAUAUGUAUGUUCAAUUUAUAUUAGGAAUAAAGAGCUUUAAUCGUG